AUGGCUCCUGUCGUUACCGCCACGGCGACGCCUGUCCCGAACCACAACCCCGGCACCGGCGCCACCGCGACCAAGAUCAAGCGCCCUCCGCCCCCGGGCAUCCAGACAAAUGGCGCUGCGUCGUCCCGCUCCUCGCCGUCCCAGUCUCCUUCCAUGUCUGUCAAGCGCACGCCCACCGGCGGCAACAAGGCUCAGCCCACCCCGACGUCGGCCACGAUGAACGGCGUCAACCGUGCCGCCGCGAAUCGCCUUCGCCGGGAGUCCUCUAUCCAGGUCGCCGGCUCGGCGCGGGGUGUGAGGGCAAACGGCCUGCGGUCCGCCGGCCUUUCUCUGGACAGCGCAGUGCCCCGGUCCUUUGAGCCGCGUCCUGAAGUUAUAACCGAUCAGUAUAUUCUCAAAAAACAUGCUGGUAGCCCGCCAUCACUUAUUGUGCAUCUCUAUCCGACCCACUUCCGCUUCGACCAGCAGGAUGGCAUCUUCCCGUACAAGUCGCCCAUGCGCGUCUUUCUUGACCAUGUCCGCGCCAGGACGGUGCCCCACGACCUACUCCCCUACUUCACCGAGGGCGGAGUUUCAUUCUACGACGGCUGUCUAAUUGUCGAGAUCCACGACCACAAGUCUCCUGCACAGUCAAAGGACGUCGCGAGGCCUACCUCGGCCUCCAACAAGACAACGCCCUUCUCCAUCCACAACUAUAAUCCCUACAUCACACCGUCUCCGUAUAUCCCAUACCCAAAGGAGAACACCGAUGGUGCACCGGCGGCAGCCGAGGACAACAAGCCCUCCGACUCGGACGGUGUGGACAAGGAGAAUAUGCCUGCUCCAGCAGCCCCCGAUGGCCAGAAAAGCAAAGGCCCCCUCAAGGUUAAAACGACCACUGUCGUCCUUCACCCCACCCCACAGAGUCUGCAAAUGGACUUGAUGAUCAAGGCCACGACUCCGCAGGGGGCCGCCGAUGGGACCAUCCCGCCGCCCACGCCCAUGUCAGCCGUCCCCCCCACGCCGACGGCUGCCAGCAUGCCGCCGCCUGCAAAGAAGCAGAAGAAGGAGCGCAUGGAGCUGGACGGCAAGACCAUCCAUGUUGCCGAGGCCCAGAUUCUGCUCGCCACGGCCGAUCCUCUGCAUCUGGAGACGACUAAGAACAAGGAGGAGAUGAUGGCUCUCCUGAACCGCCUGGCCAGCGACAAGAACUCGGAGCCGGCGCCCAAACCCAAGACCAGGAAACGCACCGUGGCCGAACGUGCUGCCGACGAGGCUCUGGUUGCCGAUCGCGAGAAGUACAUGCUCACGUUCGACGAGCGGCUUUCAUCCAACGCUGGCAGCAACCAAGGCGGAGCCAGUGGAGGCGAAGGCGCCGGCCAAUCCGGCGGCGUUGCUUUCGAACCCCGUUUCGAGCGCUUCAAGGUCAUCACCGAGAUCAAGAGGGAGCAUGCCGAGAAGAAGGAGCAGGAAAAGGCACGGCAGGCGGAGCAGGAACGGAAACUCAACGCCCAGCGGCAGCAGCAACAGGCCGAGCAGGCGGCGAUGAUGGCGAGCCGACAACAAGAAGCAGCCGAGAAGCUCCGGCGCGAAGAGGCUGCCCGCCAGCAGCAGCUCCAGCGCCAGCAGCAGGAAGCCCAGCGCCGUGCCGCCAUGCAAGCUCAAGCUCAAGCCCAGGCCCAGGCCCAGGCACAGGCGAACGCGAACGCGGCCGCGCAAGCCCAGGUCCAGGUCCAGGUCACGGCCGCACAAUCGCCGCCGAACAUGCAGCAGCAGAUGUCGCAAGCCUCCCAUGGCCAUCCGACGCCUGGCUCUAUGCCCGGGGCCGUGCCCGUGCCUCGAUUCCCUCAGCAAGUCUCGCAAGCGCCCGUGUCGUCCCCCGUGGUGCGCCAGGGCACCCCUCAGAACAUGUCAUCGCCUAUGGUCGGCAACGGCCACGUAAUGCAGCAAACGAAUUCGGGCAUGGGAGGCAGUCCGGCGCGGCCCUCCUCCGUGGUCCAGAACCAUCCGCCCAUGUCAGCCCCUAUGGCUGUCAGCAUGUCUGCUAGGGGCAGUCAGCAGAGCCAUCCCGGCGGGACACCCCGGAUGCCGAGCGCCACACCACAGAUGGCACAUGGAACACCUGCGAGCCGACCGAUGCCGACCCCCCGCAUGGCUCAGGCCAGUCCGCCGCCGGGCAUGGUGGCGCAGAACUCUCAGAUGGGCCAGGCUAUGCUUAUGAACCAGGCCAUGGGAAUGCAGAACCCGACGAUGGCGGCACAGAUGAUGGCGGCACAACAGCGGCAGCGCAUCGCAGCGCAACAGAUGCAGCAGUCCAUGAUGCAAGGCAACAUGAUGAACGGCCAGAACCCGCAGCAGCAGAUGCAGAAUAUGGCCCAGAUUCAGCAGAUGCAGCAACAACGGCUGCUGCAGCAGCAAAUGCUCAACGCCAACAAUGCGCAGAUGAUGAACGGCAACGCCCAGAUGAUGAACCAGGCGCAGCAGGCGCAGCUCGCCCAGCGUCUGCAGCAGCAGCAGCAGCAGAUGCAGAUGCAGCAGCAGCAACAGCAGCAACAGCAGCAGCAGGCGCAGCAGAUGCAGGGGCAAAUGGGCAACACCAACUUCAUGAACGCCGCCAACGGUAUGAACCCGGCGCAGAUGGCUGCACUGCAGCAGCAGAUGAUGCAGCAACAACAGCAACAGCAACAACAGCAGCAGCACCAGCAGCAGCAACAGGCCGGCCAGCAGCCGGGCAUGGCCAACAGCGGGUACCAGCAGCUGGUGGCUCAGAGGCAGCGCGCUCUGUACGCACAGCACAUGCCGGGCCUCAUCGCCAAGUACGGCGCGCCGCAGAACAUCCCUGCCGACGUGCACAAGAACUUCCAGACCCAGUGUGGGCAGAGGGCUCAGGCGCAGGUUCAGCAGCUUGUGCAGCAGCAGAGAAUGCAGCAAAGCAUGCAGAACGGGAUGGGUGGUGGAAUGGGCAUGUAG